CUCCAAACGUACGCCACUCUCUCCGCACUCCUCCUGCGCCGCCGCCGCCGCCGCGGAAUCCUUGCAUGAGCCGCGUGAACGUCCUGUACGAGCAAGCAUUCAAAGCUGCCGAGGACGGCCAUGCGGCCGAAUCGGGAAACGACGCAGCGCUGGCAAUCCAACACUUUGAACAGGCCGUGCAAUUGUUUACCCGCCUUGCGUCGGUCGAGUCGUUGUCGAAGCGGACGCUGCUGCACGAACACAUCCAAGACUUUCAGCAGCGCAUACAGGAUCUUCGGAGUGGCAACGACGUGCCUGCGAUUCCACAUGCAGAAGUGUGUUCUCGUCCGCGUCCAGAAUCCACGACAGACGACGACGGUCGGCUGCCAGAUGCACUCACGGCCGAUCCUCGAUGGCUGUACGCGACUCGGCUGGAACAAGAGGCUGCAUCAACAGAAGCCAUGCGCAACGUUGCGCUUCCCGUUGUGAUGGAUGCGUACAUGAGAGCCGCUGACGAGUUUAUGGAGAUGCUGCGCGACAAGUCCGUUCCUGACGACGCGUGCCAGUGCAUCCGGCGCAAAGUAGAACGUCUCAUCGAUCGCAUCACGACGCUCAAGAAUCAAGAUCACGAGCUCGAAAUGGAAGACUUGAUGAUGGAAGCAGACCUGCUGUUCCACGUCGACUACGCGAAAGUGAAACGCAAGGUACCGGAUGCAACCUCGCUACACCACCAGCAGCACGCGAUCCCCCACGAUCCGGGCCACGUGGCGGCAUCCGACGUGGCGCCGCUGGCCAAAUACACGGCCGAAGAAGUCGACGUCCUCCGGCGAUCAUCUGUCAUCAACGGUCGGUUGUUUCAGCCGUGGAUUGCGUCCGACGAAAAGUUUGACACGACCGAAGCGUUUACCGACCCCGACGGGCUCUUGAGCAUGUCGUCCAAGCAGUUGGAAAAACUCGCCAAGUGGGUCCGGCCGUCCGAGUACGGCACGGCGCCGCCCCGCAUGGUGUCGCAGAUCUCGCCGUACGUGAUCGUCCAGGACGUUGUGACCGACUGCUCGUUUGUCGCGUCGCUGUGCAUCACGGCAGCGUACGAGAUGCGCUUCCACAAGCAGCUCAUCACGAACAUCAUUUUUCCCCAGGAUCCAAACGGCGCGCCCAUUGUCAACCCAGGCGGGAAGUACGUGGUCAAGCUGUGGGCGAACGGCGUCCCACGACGCGUGGUUGUCGACGAUUACUUGCCGCUGGGACACUCUGGCUCGCUCCUGUGCUCGUGCACGACCGAAUCGAACGAACUGUGGGUCAGCAUCAUCGAGAAAGCGUACUUGAAGGUGAAUGGCGGGUACGACUUUCCUGGAAGCAACUCGGGCAUCGACGUGUUUGCGCUCACGGGAUGGAUCCCGGAAACGAUUUCGUUUGCCGACCCAGGCGGCGGCGACACGUCGGCCGACAUGGUGUGGCAACGGCUCAUGUCGGCGCACAACUUUGGCGACUGCCUCAUUACGAUCGCGACAGGGGACUUGCCCAAGGCCGUGGCAAAGCAAGUCGGCCUCGUGCCAUCGCACGCGUACGCGGUGCUCAACGUGGUCGAAACAACGUCGACUCGUCUGCUGUUGGUGAAAAACCCGUGGAAUCGAAAGCGGUGGCGCGGUCCGUACGGCAUGGACGACGUCGAUCGGUGGACACCCGACCUCGACCGCGAACUCGGCUUGGAUGAUGGGGACGCGUCGCGGCGGCGGCGGCGGCACACGCGUGACGACGGGCUGUUUUGGAUCGACUUUGCGUCGGUGCAGACGUACUUUAGCGCGCUCUUCCUCAACUGGAACCCCGACCUGUUUCGGUACCGCUUCACCAUGCACAAGCACUGGCCGGUCGACGGCGGCCCCGAAAACGACACGUACAACCUCGGGUACAACCCGCAGUACGCGCUGACAUUUCCCACCCUCGAUCGCAAGACCAAGCCGUUCUCGGUGUGGAUCCUUCUAUCGCGCCAUGUCACGGCCGUCGAGGCGCCGACGACGGUGCAGCCGUUUUUGGCGCUGCACGUGUACAAGCAGCGAAGCCGCGUGUACUACCCAAACAACGCGUUUGCGCGCGGGACGUACAGCAACAACCCGCACUCGCUGACGUGCGUCGACGUCGAGCUCACGGCGGACGGACCGACGACAUUCAUCUUGGUCGCGUCGCAGUACGAGAAGCUCGCGCCGCUCGAUUACACGAUCUCGGUGUUCUCGACCGAGGGUCCAUUCGAGCUCACGACGGCGCCGGAGCCGCCGCCCCACCGCAUCCACGUCAUGGAUGCGUGGACAACCGACACGGCGGGCGGGAGUCCCAAGCAUGCGACGUUUGUCAACAACCCGCAGUACCAACUCGUGAUCGACGACGCGUCGAUCGAGCGCAUGCUGCUGACGCUGGAAGCGCCGCCCGCCGUCGAGCUCGCGAUCAACUUGCGUCUUGUUCGUGGCGACGGACAGCGCAUCGGGUCCGUGUCCAAGAAGAGUGUGCGCGCGCAGUCGGGCGAGUACCGCCCUGGGUUUUGCUACAUGGAAGUCGAAGCCGUCGAAGCCGGGACGUACACCAUCGUGGCGUCGACAUUCGAGCCGCAUCGAACCGGGUCGUUUUCGCUGACGGUGGCGGCAACGUCGGCGGCCUUUCAAGUGCUUACGUUGCCGCCAGAAGGCCACAACAUGAUUCCGUUUGUGUGCAGCGGCAAGUGGAAUGUGGAGGUUGGCACGGCCGCGGGGUGCUCCAACUAUGGCCACUACCUCGACAACCCGCAGUUUCUCGUGCACGUCAUGGCAACGUGCCAGCUCUUUUUUCGAUUGCGCCAACGUGGCGCGGCGUCGUCAACGAUCAACGUGUCGCUGUACCCAUGCACGUCGACGGGCCAGCUGCACGAUCCCCAUUGCAACCCGACCACGGCCUUUGUCACGUCCGCGAAAGGGUCGUAUACAAACAGCGCGUGCGGCGUCCGCACGCCGGCCGCCCAGUUUCCGCGAGGGUUCUACUUGGCGAUCCCGUCGACGUUUGAUCCGCACCACGGCGACUUUGACCUGCACGGGUACUCGGACGCGCCCGUUGUCACGACUAGGUUGCGAUAAUCUGUUUUCACGCGUUAUGGCCAUCCAAAUGCAUUUUGUCAGGUCAUGGCGACGCCGCC